AUUUCAUUUAUAAUUCUGUCGUACUGUCGUUUACAAAAUAAAGGAAGAAAAACCUAACCUAUCUUUAAACCCGUAGGCGUAGGUGACAUUUUUCAACACGUGUGAAUUAAAACAAAUUCAAAAACAAAAAUGUCCAUCCAAGAAAAAGUUUUAAUGAAAAAAAUAAAAAAGAGGGAAAAGCAGAAAUUAAAAUUUGUUCAAAAGAAAGAGUCUGAAAAGAGCAAAGAAGUUUUAGAAACAGAUCUACCACAGAAGGCAAAAGUGGGAAAUGGCUUGAAACGCUUGCAGAGCAACGAUGAAGGACCUUCUAAAAAAAAAAAGAAGAAAAAUAAAAAGAAGAAAGAGAAAAUAGUCGAAGAGGAAGAUACAGACGAAGAACAACCAGAGGAAGAUGAAAUUGAGUCUGACAUUGAAGAUCAAGAGAUUGACAAUGGUGAAGAAGAUACAGAUAAAAAAUCUGAUUUAGGAAACAAAUUACCAGGAUCCAGUGCUACAUUAGAAAUUCUCAGUAAAAGUACAUUUGACUCAUUGACGGAUAAAGUAUGUGAAAAUACUUUAAAAGCCAUUGCAGAUAUGGGUUUUACUACUAUGACUGAAAUUCAAGCAAAAUCUAUACCUCCACUUCUGGAAGGUAGAGAUUUGGUUGGGGCUGCAAAAACAGGAUCUGGAAAAACUCUUGCUUUUCUCAUUCCCGCUGUUGAACUUAUUUAUAAGUUAAAGUUUAUGCCAAGAAAUGGUACUGGUAUCAUUAUCAUUUCCCCCACACGAGAAUUAUCAAUGCAGACUUUUGGAGUAUUAAAAGAACUAAUGAAAUAUCAUCACCAUACAUACGGUUUGGUUAUGGGUGGAACUGCAAGACAAACAGAAGCACAAAAGCUUUCCAAAGGUAUUAAUAUCUUAGUAGCAACGCCUGGUAGGCUUCUGGAUCAUCUUCAGAAUACUCCUGACUUCUUGUAUAAGAAUUUACAAUGUUUAGUCAUUGACGAGGCUGACAGAAUAUUAGAAGUAGGUUUUGAAGAGGAAAUGAAGCAAAUAAUUAAUCUUUUGCCUAAACGUAGACAAACCAUGUUGUUCAGUGCGACUCAAAACAAGAAAACGGACGCAUUGACGUCGUUGGCAUUGAAGAAGGAACCAGUACACAUUGAUGUAGAUGACUCCAAACUUGAGGCAACUGUAUCUGGUCUUGAACAGGGUUAUGUAGUCUGCCCAUCUGACAAAAGAUUGUUGGUGCUGUUUACAUUCCUUAAAAAGAACAGAAAGAAGAAGGUUAUGGUGUUUUUCAGUUCCUGCAUGUCUGUGAAAUACCACCAUGAGUUGUUUAAUUAUAUCGAUUUACCUGUUAUGUGCAUUCAUGGCAAACAAAAGCAAACCAAGCGAACGACUACAUUUUUCCAAUUCUGUAACGCCGAAACUGGAACGCUGCUAUGCACAGAUGUUGCUGCCAGAGGUCUUGAUAUCCCAGCAGUAGAUUGGAUUGUGCAGUACGAUCCUCCAGAUGACCCAAAAGAAUAUAUUCACAGAGUAGGAAGAACAGCAAGAGGCGAAGGAAGUAGUGGUCAUGCUUUACUUAUUUUAAGACCUGAGGAAUUAGGAUUUUUAAGGUAUUUGAAACAAGCUAAGGUGCCGUUGAAUGAAUUCGAAUUCAGUUGGAGUAAAAUUGCUGAUAUUCAGGCACAGCUCGAAAAUCUAAUAGGCAAAAAUUAUUUUUUGAACAUGUCAGCGAAGGAAGCAUUUAAAGCGUACGUCAGAGCUUAUGAUUCGCACCACUUAAAAACUAUAUUCGACGUUAGCACCCUGGAUCUGGCGAAAGUAGCACUAUCGUUUGGAUUUAAAGUACCUCCAGCCGUGGAUUUAAAAGUUUCUGCCAAGAAACCCGAGAGACCAGAGAAGAAACGGAAAGGUGGUGGUGGAUUUGGAUUUUAUAAAAACUAUAACUCGAUGGAUUCGAAAAACUUCAAGAAGAACACUGUGUACAGGCAACCUAAACCUAAAAGCAGGGGAGGAUCUGAAAAGAGACAGUUUAGUAGAUGAAUUAGGAACUUACGUAAUGUUUCUGUUUUAUAAAAUUUAAAUAAAGUUAUUUUUAAAUAA